AUGGCGAGAAUUCUAUUGACCGGUGGCACUGGCUACAUUGGUGGGGACGUCUUGUACCGACUAUUGUUGCACGGUGCACCCAAAAACAGCAUCAGUUGUCUGGUUCGGGACCAUGAGAAGGCCAAGCAACUGUCAAAGAUCUAUCCUGACGUCCGCAUUGUGGAGGGCGACCUAGAUGACGUUCAGCUCGUGGAGAAGGAAGCACGUGAAGCGGACAUUGUUGCGCAUCUGGCAGUCACUUCCCAUUUCCCAAGCUCUGAAGCGAUAGUCAGAGGCUUGACUCAGCCGGAAAGGGGCCGGAAAGGCUAUUGGAUCCAAAUAUCAGGCGCCACGCUGCUCGCUGCAGACGAGAUCAAAGACGGAAGGUUCGGAUUCGCGACCGAUAAGUCUUAUGACGAUGUCAAGGACAUCAAAGACAUCCAUUCCAUAAUCACCGCCAACCCAAAGAGACUCGUUGACAAUCUGGUUCUUGUCCAAGACAAGAUCAACACUGCACUGAUUGUUGGCCCCCAUAUCUACGGACUUGGGAGAGGGCCUUCGCAUACCCGUAGUGUCCAAGCACCAGAGAUUGCACGGGCAACGCUGAAGCUAAAGGAAGGCUUCAGAUUAGGUGAGGGGAAAAAUAGGUGGAGCAAUAUCCAUGUGAACGAUCUGAGCGACCUGGUUGCAUCUCUUGUGGAAGCAGCUGCUGAAGGCGAGACUGCCGACGGACAAUGGGGUAAGGACGGCAUUUACUUCCCAGAAAACGGGAACAUGACCUUCGGAGAUCUAUCGGCGAAGAUUGCGAAGGAAGCUCAGAAGCAGAGCCUCAUUCCCAAAGGUUCUGCCGAGAAGGUAAUCGACGCAAAGGAAGCUGAUGCGCUUUCCGAGCAACCUUCGAUUCGACCUUGCAAGAGCAGGAGAUCGAAAGAAAUGUCCAAAAAUUUGAAGAAGAACGUCACCUUUGCACCGCUGGCUAGCGCAAAGGUGUACUUCAUUGCUCGGGGGCAAGGCACUUGGGACAAUGGUCAAAUGCGUGCCGAUAGCCCUACACCUUAUGAAGUUGCAAGUCUUCCUAGAUUGGCGGCACAAACUCUAGCGCAUAUCGAACACAAUGAAAAGACUGGUACGGAUGUGAAGCGCAAGCCGCUUGUACAGGGAACACCACAUAUCGACGCCCAGAAUGGUGCUCAAUCUGCUCGGGAGCCUACUCAGCCGAGCGGUAGUGCCACUUUUGAUGCUUUUCUCCCACAAGAGAAGCUGCUUGACGAGCACACGCACCGUAGGCCUAACACAAAGUCAUUCGGUUCUCUUGCAUCUCUGAAGAGCUUGAGUAAGAACUUCAAGCAGAAGAUUCUGGGAGAUAAGAACAAGUUUUAA